AUGAGUGCACAGGAUGAAAAAAACACAAACAAAGAUGGCGAAAUAACACCAGAAGCGGUAAGGAAUGUCCGCCAUUUUAACAAUAUAAUCAAUAUUAAAAUGGCAUAGUCAUGCUGUCAUACAUAGUAAAAUGGAAAUUUCUACAGCUAUAUGCAUAUUGUUCGAAGCAGGUUUGAACUUGUAGCUUAGGACAUACAAAUCGAGUCUAGCUUCUUGCAGAAAUAUAGCUUUUUAGCAAUAGAUUCAUUUCAUCUUUUACAUAUAGUACCAACGUACUUAUUUGAUAAAAAAGGACAUUUUACCGUACCCAAGUAAUCACUACUGAAUACGUAUGUCCCCCAAAACACAUAAAUGAAUGGAAAACUUGCCAUUAGAAUACAUGCCAUCGAAAAAAUUGAGUUACUCUGGGUGCUGUAAACUGUAAAGUUCUCGAUAAAAAUUGAUCAUAUUGAUUGUUCUCAGACAACUGAUGACCAGUUGAUAGUCACAAAAAAAACCUGGGCCAAUUUCAUCAAUUACCAUUGACGUUUGACCGUGGUGUUGGUAAACAGUAGAGCUGCGUGAUUUCAGAAAUUUUAUCUUGGUUCGGUGUCAGUGUUUUCGAAACAAGAACAAUUCAAAGCAUUUGCUCAAUAAAUUGUAGUAUAACUUCAAAAUAGACAACUUUUCACUUUUAAAAUGAAGCAGAAAUAUCUCCAUUGAUUAUGGGCUAGACUAGGGAAAUAAAUGCAUUCUAAAAUAAAAUUAUCAAAAAGAACUGUCUUUGUUUUCGCCCAGCAUGGAAAUAAAGAAAUAUUUCUGUGGCAAACUGCACAUGGGCAGUCCUUGCAAUUUUGAUAAAUUGGGUAUGCAACUACCAGGGCUUGAGUUUUAUCGCGGCAAUUGCCGUAGAGGGAGAACAAAAUGCUGUGGAUCAUUGCAGUAACGACUGCAAUUUUUUGCCGUAUAGUGCAAUUUUUAUACAAUUCACUGUGCAUUACUACUUUGAUACUUGAAUUCAGAUGUUGAUCAAAUCGUAUGUAAAUCACUAUUUUAGUCUCAGUUUUCUUCGGAAAAAAACCCCCACUAAAGAAACAUGUAGACAUGUUUCUAGCUUGUCAAAAAUCCAAAGUAACAAUAAAAUUAAAGCUUUAUUACUGUACAGUAAUUUGAAAAAUGCUGUGGAAACUGCCAAAAUUGCCGUAGACAGCUGUUACGUUGUACGGCAAUUUUUAACGCCAUUGCCAUUGAUUGAUUUCAGGGAAAUUUGAGGCCUGGCAACUACAUUCCUGCGCCUUUUUCUGCUGAAAUGUCAAAAAUAUUUUCAGCAUAAUUUCUUGUGUCGAUUUUGUGACGUUAAGAAUGUGGUCACAUUGUCUUGACAGCCAAUUGACAGUUGGUCCAUCAGGAUUGUUCAUCUUGUGAUUUAUAAGACUAGAUAAUCUAUCUCUAGUAUAUUUGUAGAGCCAUUAGCAUCACCUGAGAAACACUAUCAAACCAUAGACGUAAAUAGUAUUAGUUGCAGUUGAAUACACAGCAGUUUAAUUCAUGAUAUUAAUAGGAGGUUGAUGAUACUGGAAAUGACGAUAGUGAAAAUCAAGAAGCCAAUGUGGUUCAAGAUGGUGAUGGCAGUCCACUUCCUGAGAACAGAGAAGGCGAGAUUGAUGAUGAUGAAGAAUUUGAAGAUGCCAAAGAAGGGCAUGACGAUGAUGUGAAUAAUGUGGACCCAGAUAACAUGGAGGAGGACAAGAAUGAUGUUCCUCAAGAGUCUAAUGGUGUUAGUGGUGGUGAUAACCUCAAUGAACAGGAUAAGCAUGUUGACGUUGAGGAUGGUGAGACAGCUGAUGGUGGUGUAGGGGCAGCAGAUAAAGAGCACGGUGUGGGAGAUGAGGUGGAAGAUCAUAAAGAGGAAGAGAUAGGGGACGAAGAUGGUCAAAGUGAAGAUGAUCAAAGUGAAGAUGAUGAAAGUGAAGGUGAAGAUACAGAUGAAGGGGAGACGGGUGAAGAUGACGAGGUGGAUGAGGAUGACGAAGGCGGUGAAGAAUUAGAGGAAGGGGAGAUUGUAGAUGAUGGUGACGAAGUUGAAGAGCCAGGUAAGGGUGAAGAGGAGGUAGGGGAUGAUGGAGAUGAUGAUGAGGAGGCGGGGGAAGAACGUGAAGAGGGUGAGAUAGUAGAUGAUGACGUUGGUGAAGAUGUGGAUAAGGGUGAAGGGGAUGCGGGUGAAUUAGAGGAGGGUGAGAUUGUGGACGACGGUGAUGACGAAGAUGUUGUUGUCGAGGAGGAGGAAGAUGUCGAUGAAGAAGGAAAAGUUGUGAAAAAGGAGAAACAGGAUGAGAAGGAUGAUUGGCAAGAAAAUAAAGAAGACAAAAAGGUGAGUUUGAGGCCCUUGUCUGGAAAUUAAGGAUUGCCCACAUGGAGAAGGAACCUACUUUGACAACAUGGGCAAUCAGUUGAAUGCUGUUUAACUUUCAUGGGUGUUUGCAAGAACCAAAAUGGAUUGAGAACAUAUAUUGGAAGGCAUGUGCAACAUAUAUGUUCAUGUAUACAACAUAUAUGUACAACAUACACGCAAGCUUAGUCACAGGUGCAUCUUUUGCACUACACUCAACAAUGACAUGAAACAUUGAAUACAUAUGUAAGAAAAAUGGUUUUAAUAUAACAGGCAUCAGUGACGAAAGUUAGCUGCACAUUUUUUGUGAAAUAUUUUGUGAAUUUUUCUGUAAAUGUAGAAAGAACCUGAAGAAAGGAAUGUGUCAAGUAUGCGAUUCUGGUCGCAUGAUAAUCGUUGGAUGGAUGGUUAUGAAGAAGAUAGGUAAUAAGUUGCAUCAUUGUACAUAUACCAAAAGCACUGUCUAUAGUAUUCUUCAACCCUGAGUAUUAUUCUUGUUAUAUUACACAGAAAUAAUGCAAGAAAUCGCAAACUUUGGGAUAAGUUCGACACAAAAUGGAUGCAUGAUCGGUAUGUGGAAGCCGACCAAGCUCCCAAGACAAAAGAAGAGCUGCAGGUACACACACCAUUGUAUGAUAAGUAGUUUGUGUCUGAUUUACAUGAAUCAAAAGGGCCCUCUGAAAGUAAUGUCACCUCCAGGAGGAACAGCAUGCCUGCAAAUUGUUUUUAUGUGCAUUGUGGUAGCCAAGAAAUGUUUGAGUUUUCAGCCAUUAACUCUAGGUUUAGAUAACUAUAGUUCCACAUAAUUAUAAUUGCAGUUGGCCUGUAACCUAUUUCAACUAUAAAGUUUUGCAGUUUUGAAAUGCACCUUUUGAGUUAGCUCCUCAGACUAUCAAUUGGACAUGGCGUCUCUCGAUGUUUCCUUCAGCCAUGAGGAAGAAGCUUUGCUCGAAACAUGGAGCACGGGCGCUUGUUUUCGAAAAUAUCGAGCCGACAACUCGUAUUUAAUUCGUAUUUCAUCUUUAACUCGUGUUUCAUGUUUUUUGAUAUCUUGCCAGGAAUCAGCUCAAUUUAUUGAAUCACUUAAGAACAGAGGUAGAGGGCGAGGAAGAGGAAGACGUACUUUGGAAGAUUUUGUGAAAGAAGACAACCGCGGACGGUUUGGAAGGUGAGCUGUUUUCAUGAGUUUAGUUUAGUUAAACAAUAGACCUUAGACCAUACAAUUUUUAAUAUAGAGGACUUCUGCAAUUCACUGUGCAUUGUGGGAUACUCUUGGGUCAAUACACGACCACAAAUUGCACAGAAAAAUGGUCAUGUCGCUGAGCAUUCAAUGUAUGAUAUUGUGGGCUCAGUCAAGAAUUUUCCCGCGCAUUUUGGUUUACUUUAUUUCGACUUAUUUGUGGCGAAAUAAGGUUCAAAUGGUGACUUUAAAUAGUUCUUAAUUAUGCUUGAGUCACCUACAGUAAUAUUUUUCUUGGACCUUUAAUCUUAUCUUAAUCUCGAAAUUCUACCGGUGGAUCGAAACUUUGCCGACUAUAUCUUGAAAUACCUUAGCAGUUUUCCUCAUUAAUGGGCUGACUGAGUGCAGAAGUUCUACCAAUGAUCUACCUCCUCUUACCUGAAUGUUUCCGAAUUCUUUCAGAAGGCGGAAUGAAGGAGACAAGACUGAUGACAGGGAAGUACGCAACGACAGAAACAGGAAUGCUUCUCGACGAGAUUACGAUAGUUUUAAAGAUAGCGCGCAGAAACAUCGGGGCGAUAAUGAAGCCGAAAACGAGAACAAGGAAAACUGGAAUGAGAGACAAGAUGGACGAAUCCAGAGUCGAGAGAGCAGGCAAGAGGGAUCCCAGCGUGAUGCAAGGAGUGAUGAGGGUGGUUAUAAGGGUAGAAGGGGACGUGAUGAUGGUAGACGGAAGGAAGAUGGUGGGAGAAGUAAGGAUGACAAAAGAGGAUUCGAGCGUGACAAUAGGGGACCCAAUAGGGAUAGACAACGUGAGGAGAAAAACAAGGUGAUAAUGCACUUACUUAUUUGUUUGUUUAUUUGUUAUUAAUUAUACUUGCAAGGUAAAUAGAGUAACACCAAUACGGGAUAAGGUUCUUUAGAAAGCCAUGUUAGACUUUUAAGAAAGGAUCUACUGGAAAGUCCUAGAAAAUCGCACUAGAAAUCACAGCAACUUCUAAAUGACAAAAUACGACUUAAUGUUUUUCAUUUUUUCAGCAAGACGAUAGGUAA